AUGGUAGAGAUGAGAGCUCAACUGACAGAGCAGAUGAAUGCGCAGAUGGUGCAGUUUAUGGAAGCAUUGACUAAUGUGACCAAGGGGCAGGAUGACUUGCGAGUUCUUGUCGAGAACUCCAGAAGGAAUGAGAAUGGAGGGCAUCCAGGGCUGUUUGACGAUGUGUCUGGUAGAAUUGACGAUCAUCAUGAUCCGAAUGAGUUUGAUCACGUAUCAAGGCAUAGUGCUGAGGGUGCACAUGAUGAAGUUGAGAGGUAUCGUCUGAUUGAAGAACGUCUCAGAGCUGUUGAAGGCAAAGGGGUGUUAGGCAUGGAUAUCAAUGACUUGGGGUUGGUUCCCGGUGUGAGGAUCCCACCAAAAUUCAAAGAUAGCUUGGCUGGGGCUUCCUUGGAGUGGUAUGUUCAACUCGAACGCACUCAUAUUCAUUCUUGGAGAGAUCUUGUGGAGGCUUUCAUUAAGCACUAUCAGUACAAUGUUGACAUGGCGCCCAAUAGAACUCAGUUGCAGAGUUUGGUUCAAGGAUCUAAAGAAUCUUUCAAGGAGUACGCUCAGAAAUGGCGUGAGUUAGCUGCAAGAGUUCAGCCACCGAUGACUGAACGUGAGAUGAUUGACAUGUUCACCAGUACCUUGUCUGGACACUAUUAUUUGGCUUGCAGUGCUUCAGCUAACUUUUCUGAAAUGGUUAAUGCUGUCAUGAUCCCAGUACCACAACAACAACAACAGCAGGGACAACGUUCCAGUAAUGAUCGCUAUCCUCCCAGGACUAGGCCUCACAGAAAGAUUGAUCCGAUUCCUAUGACCUAUGCUCAAGUGCUACAACAUUUGCUCAAAAUUGAAAAGAUUACUUUGAGAGAUGCUCCGAAUGCUCCAGACACACAAUCUCCGAAUUACAAUGCAAACGCACGAUGUGCUUUCCACUCAGGUGCCGCUGGCCAUGAUACAGAGAGGUGCAUUGCAUUGAAGAACAAAGUCCAGGACUUGUUGGAUCAAAAGAUAAUCCAAUUCACUCCUACACCCAAUAUUGUCAAUAAUCCGAUGCCUGCUCACGGAGGUUCGGGUGUGAAUGCCAUUGAGAGUGAAGAGAUAAAAGUUGUAUCUGAAGUGAGCUGUUUGACCUUCCCUCUUGUGUCUGUAAAGCAACAUCUGGUCAAUAGUGGCAUCUUCCCAGGCUGUGAAGUUGAUUGUGAGAAUUGCAAAAGUCAACCCGAAGGUUGUGAUGAUUUGAAAAGUAUGGUACAAAAGCUGAUUGAUGAGGGUCCUCUUCAGUUCUAUCGAAGGUUGAGAGGUGCGAAGAGUAAGGAUGGUGAAGUGUCUGUGAUCUCAAUUCCUUAUGAUUCAGUUGUUCCAAUAUGUAUCCAAGUGCCUAUUCAGAUACCUGUCAGUAUUCCAUAUGAGGAACAACCAGCAGCGUUGAUGAUUACUGUGCCGGGGCCUAUUCCAUAUGAGAGUGAGAAGGCCAUCCCUUGGUAUUAUGGUUCAGACGUAUAUUACUAUGGCACGAAGGAGGAAGGCGAGCCAUCUAAAGAGAAGCUUGUUGAGGCCUCAGUUGCAAACACUGAUAAUUUCGCCGGUACUGGUAGGAUCACUCGCAGUGGUAGGGUGUUCUCCCCUCAGCUUGUUCAAAACAAUGCAGAUGCUUUGGCUAAGGCCAAAGGAAAACAAGUAGUGACCGAUGUCCAGAAUUCUCCGAUUCAGAGCGGGGCACCUGAUAGUGCUGUGUCUUCCAAGGAUGGGAAGACUCUGUCCCGUGUUCUGGUCGAUACUGGGUCUUCUCUAAACGUGCUUCCCAAAUCAGCCCUAAUGAGAAUUGACUAUGCUGGUGUGGAGUUAAGGCCUAGUGAGUUGGUGGUGCGCGCCUUUGACGGUUCAAGGAGGUCUGUGUUCGGAGAGGUAGAUCUACCAAUUCAGAUCGAAGGUGAAAUACAUGAGACUCCGUUUCAAGCGUUUGAAGCUGUGAAUGCUGUGAGAACUCCUCCUUAUGAGAUAAUGAAGCCAGAAACGAUUAUGUCCUCUUUGAAAGAUGCUCAGAUUGUUGUUGAGACUGGAAGAGUGGAAGGCUGGGGGCAAGUUAUAGCUACAAGAAGUGUCGCAGCCGAAUUGCGUCUGAACCGUAGCAAGCCAAUCGGAGAAGAAGAACAGUGCAGGCGCGCAUUUUGGAUUCAAGUUAUUUUGGUUUUUAAUAUAUAUCUUGUGUUGGCAGCCUAUGAACAACAAGUGAAGAUGGCGCACGUGCCAUCUAGGUAA